CCUUGUAUGACUUAUAGGCGUGGGGCUAUAUAAGUUUGUAUCACCGCGUUCAUCUCUCAGUGUCUUCUCGGUCGUCGGCAUCAUGACCGACACACAACGCCGACUGGCAAUUUGCUUCCUCGUCGUCACAGCCCUCGCUAGCACAACUUAUGGGGGCUUCUGUCAGAGGACCAUCUGCACGACCCAGAGAGUACGUGUGUGCAUCUACAGGACAUGGCGCGCGUGCUGCGCCUAUAAGACUGUAUGGAAGGCUGUUAUAAGGACGGAACGCUACUGUUGUUCGGGCUACGAGGGCAGUCGCUGUGAUCAGCCUGUCUGUAAUCCUGAGUGCGCUAAUGGUGGCACGUGCAUUAACCCGGGCAACUGCGCAUGCCGAGCUGGUUACGCUGGUCCGAGUUGUCGAGGAACUGAAGCCUGCUCUCACCGAUCCCCGUGCUUCCCAGGAAUCUGCUCCGGAAGUUGCACUUGCCAGUCAGGAUUCACACAAAAGACCUGCUUGACAUUGAGGGACCAAGCACCUAGGAUCUGGCAAUGCCGCGCUCACCUUGAAAGUCGAAAAGUGUCCACGAAUCCAGCUCUCAAUGGAAUGGUCAUGUACGAAUUCAUCACCGAUUCCUCCAACCCUGAUAUCGACACAGUGGACGUCAUUUGGUCCAACCAAGUUGGAUUUAAUUAUUUACAGAUAGACGGGGCAGCUCAAUCUAACACAGAGAUACAGUACCCACAACCUGCCUAUGUGAGAAACUCAUCAUUUGGCGUGACCAGUGCCGUGGCAAGGGUCCUGCACACAAAGAUAGCCACAGACACUGGUGACAGAUACACGUCCAAGGCGGAGAACUACACUUGUGAGCAGAGGGAUGGAAGGGGCGUUGCCACAGUCGAAUAUUGGAACUGCACGUCGAAAGAGCCGAGGUUUGACCGGUCCAUCAAUAAUGCGGAUGAGAUUGAAGUGACCCUGACCUUCACCAGUGGAGGACGCAGGGAGCUGGUCAACCCGGAAACUGGACGUUUCUUCAAGAACGAGGACUACACUCAGUUGACUUCAUUAAAGACGCUCAUGUUCAAGUUCGACCUGAAUAAACCUGAACACUGCUACAGUCAACCGUCCUGCCGUACAUCACCACUACACAUAGACAGGGAUAUUACACGAACUCCAGUCGCAAUUACUUGGGAUGGCUGGACGGACGUGCUGUCUGGUAUGCACCGCUAUGCAUGGGAGGUGUUCCGACUUGACAUCAUCACCGCGGACAGCAAGCUGGGGGAGAAGACGCCCCUCGAACCCCUCAUCAAUAGGGAGUGGCUGGCAGCUAACGGCACCCCCCGGGUGGAGUAUCCCCCGCCUACACCCGGCAUGUACUCCGUCAUCUUGGAGGCCUCGGACCGAGCCAACAACUCGCGGUACGCCCGGCGACUGUUUCUGUACGACAACGUCUCCAACGUCACCACCAGCGACAACGACCCGCUGUUCAUAUCUAGCGCUGCAGCAGACACUGGUCACACGUGGCAGGCGAACCUCGACGCCGACGUUGUCGUGGAAUGGGGAGGACACUUCGCUAACGACGUUCACGACAAGGGCAAAUUUUUGAACGCAGUGCUGAAGUACCCCACUCAGUUUGCAGACAUCGAAAAAGAAGUCGGCUCUUCCAGUCGGUUCACUCUCAAAGGUGUAACGUUCGAUGACGAUGAAGGGGAGAGAACUCGUGCUGCAAUCCCCAAUGUCCGCGGUAUUGUGAAGUUUGAAGUAUCCUAUGGUCGGGACCAUGCCGGGGGGUCCACAUUAUCCUCCCCCAAAGCAUGGAGCCAGGUACAACCAGUUGGGGAAAGAUUUGUGAUUAGAAACGAAAACCGAAUCAACGGUGACAGUAUCCGGGUUUGGGUGCGGGCGACGGACAUUAUGAGUAAUACGAAGAUAGAUAGCACACUGGUCAGCUUUGAUAACUCCAAGCCAGUUGUCAAGCUGCGAGAAUUGGAAAAAAAUGUGCAGAAUGGGACGUACCAUUACUCAUCUCUCGUGCCCCUGACGGCUAUAGAUGACGACAGCGGACUGUGGGAGGUCUCCUGGCGUCUUGUACGGAACAGCACGGGGACGGUGGCGCGCAAAGGGACGCUGGAUCGGACACAGUACACACUGAAUAAAGCCGAGUACGACGCAGAUCCCGCGUUAGGCCGCUGCACGCCAUCCAACGACUGCUUCCGCAGCACCGUCAGCAUCCCCAUCAACCAUUGCUGGCUGAGGGUGGAGAAGGAGAGUAUCGCUACAGAGGUCAUGACCCUGACAGUCAAGGUCACCAACCCCGCCAUGCUCAGCACGACAAGCUCUCUCCAGAUAACGAACAUCAACAGUUUCAGUGGAAUAGGUGAAUACGCUCCCCCACGUGAUGUGCGAGUUAUCCGGGGCGGAUACAACACUAUCCGCAUCUCCUGGACCAACUCCCCCAGCUGCUACAACGUCAGCGAACUGUGGAUCAACUACACGGGGGCGGCCGUCAAGGAGAAGAUCCAUCGUCUCAACACCUUCUACGACCUGACCGGUCUCCAGCCCGAGACUAACUACACGGCCCAUCUUAUAAAUGGAUACGGCGGGGAGAUGAGUGACGCGGUGGAGUUCCAAUUUAGGACAGGACCGGCCCCCGAGUUCUCAGGCCUCACUGCUGGGGGCAAGGCGGGCGUGGCGAUCAGUGUUAUCCUGCUGGUGGUGAUCGCGGUCGCCGUGUUCCUUCUGUGGCAUCUCGGCAUCCUGGCCAUCAUUGUGGGCAAGAAGGAAGCCAAGCCUCGCGGCAAAGCAGCUGUCGCCUUCGCCCGGAUGUCCAGAAAGGUACGAGGCAAGGCCGUUGAUGACGACAUCUAUGUGUACGGUGGCAACGAUUACGACAUCCCGAUAGGAACGCAGCUGUCUUCAGAGAGACUGGUACUCGACACGCUGAUCACCGAGGGCAAGUUCGCCAAGAUAUACAAGGCCACCCUGUCACGUGCAGGCAAUAACGCGGAGACUGUCGUGGCUAAGAUGCUGAAAGAGAACUAUGACGAUGAAGACAGCCAGCUGAUGAAAGGCAAGAUCCUCUAUUACCUGAAUGAGGUGGGCGAGCACCGCAACAUCCUGAGAAUGGUUGGCGCUGUCGUAGACAACGAAGUUUGGGGUCCGGUGAUGGUGCUGGAGUACUGUGAGAUGGGACCCAUGCGGACCUGGCUGGUCCAGCAGAAGGGGUCAGUGAGUGAUGACGUUCUGGAGCGGAUGUUUCAGUUGGCGCAUGGAGUCGUUCAAGGAAUGGCGUACUUGGCUCAAGUUGGGAUCGUACACCGGCGGUUGGCGGCGAGGAACAUCCUGCUCACCUUUCUGCUGGACGUGAGAAUCUCCGGGUUUGGCCCCACCAUCAUGACGGACGGGGCAGAGGACGAGGCGGCGGACACCAGCAGGAGGGAGCGCAUCCCUCUCCGAUGGAUGGCCCCUGAGUGUUUCAAGUCCACCAAAGACGCUUCAGAGAAGAGUGACGUGUGGUCCUUUGGUGUGGUGCUGUGGGAGAUCUUCUCCCUGGGUGACAACCCUUAUCCUGGUUUGAAGACGAGCGAGUUGCCGCUAAAGGUCAAGGCCGGUCACAGAAUGAAACGACCAGAGUUCGCUGACGACACGAACUACGGCAUGAUGCAGCAGUGCUGGGAGCAGGAUCCGAGGCAGAGACCGAGGUUCAAGGAGCUCGAGAAAUCCUACAACAAACUCAUGAAAGGUGGCGACAACGACAAUAGCUACUCCUUGUACUCCAACUACAAGCGUUAGGACAGGGACCUCCACACAGAACAUGCUUCAUGUUCAUUGUUAGUUAAUCUCUGAUGUCCUCUCGAUCCUUGAUGUUAUCACCUUGAUCCCUAAUAUCCUCCCUUUGAUCCUUGAUGCCCUCUCCUUGAUCCCUAAUAUCCUCCCUAUGAUCCUUGAUGCCCUCUCCUUUAUCCCUAAUAUGCUCCCUUUGAUCUCCUUUAUCCCUAAUAUAUUCUCCCUUUGACCUACUUGAUCCCUAAUAUGCUCCCUUUGAUCUCCUUGAUCCCCAAUAUCCCCCCUUUGAUCCCUUAUGCCCUCUCCUUGAUCCCUAAUAUCCUCCCUAUGAUCCAUGAUGCCCUCUCCUUUAUCCCUAAUAUGCUCCCUUUGAUCUCCUUUAUCCCUAAUAUAUUCUCCCUUUGACCUACUUGAUCCCUAAUAUGCUCCCUUUGAUCUCCUUGAUCCCCAAUAUCCCCCCUUUGAUCCCUGAUGCCCUCUCCUUGAUCCCUAAUAUCCUCCCUAUGAUCCUUGAUGCCCUCUCCUUUAUCCCUAAUAUGCUCCCUUUGAUCUCCUUUAUCCCUAAUAUAUUCUCCCUUUGACCUACUUGAUCCCUAAUAUGCUCCCUUUGAUCUCCUUGAUCCCCAAUAUCCCCCCUUUGAUCCCUUAUGCCCCCUCCUUGAUCCCUAAUAUCCUCCCUAUGAUCCAUGAUGCCCUCUUCUUUAUCCCUAAUAUGCUCCCUUUGAUCUCCUUUAUCCCUAAUAUAUUCUCCCUUUGACCUACUUGAUCCCUAAUAUGCUCCCUUUGAUCUCCUUGAUCCCCAAUAUCCCCCCUUUGAUCCCUGAUGCCCUCUCCUUGAUCCCUAAUAUCCUCCCUAUGAUCCUUGAUGCCCUCUCCAUGAUCUCUAAUAUCCCCCCUUUGAUCCCUGAUGCCCUCUCAUUGAUCCCUAAUAUCCCCCCUUUGAUCCCUGAUGCCCUCUCCUUUAUACCUAAUAUCCCCCCUUUGAUCCCUUAUGCCCUCUCCUUUAUACCUAAUAUCUCCCCUUUGAUCCCUGAUGUCCUCUCCUUGAUUCCUAAUAUCCCCCCUAUGAUCCCUGAUGCCCUCUCCUUGAUUCCUAAUAUCCCCCCUAUGAUCCCUGAUGCCCUCUCCUUCAUCCCCGAUAUCCCCCCUUUGAUCCCUGAUGCCCUCUCCUUAAUCCCCGGUAUCCCCCCUUUGAUCCCUGAUGCCCUCUCCUUAAUCCCCGGUAUCCCUCCUUUGAUCCCUGAUGCCCUCUCCUUAAUCCCUAAUAUCCCUCCUUUGAUCCCUGAUGCCCUCUCCUUGAUUCCUAAUAUCCCCUCUUUGAUCCCUGAUGCCCUCUCCUUGAUCCCUAAUAUCCCCCCUUUGAUCCCUGAUGCCCUCUCCUUAAUCCCCGGUAUCCCCCCUUUGAUCCCUGAUGCCCUCUCCUUAAUCCCCGGUAUCCCUCCUUUGAUCCCUGAUGCCCUCUCCUUGAUUCCUAAUAUCCCCUCUUUGAUCCCUGAUGCCCUCUCCUUGAUCCCUAAUAUCCCCCCUUUGAUCCCUGAUGCCCUCUCCUUGAAACAUUGGAAUGCCCGAAAUAUCACGUGUGUUUUCCGCGUACCCUGCCAGAGCGGGAACACCACUGACUGGUUAACAGCAUCGUUCAUGAUGAACAUAAUGAUGAUGGACUACAACGAAGAGGUUUUGACUCUGACAUCAGAGGACAAACUGCGAACAACGUCCUCGCUGUCCUCGUUCUAGUUCGGUUAGCAUUCUAACGCACGUGCCAGUCAUGUCCUUUGUUGGAACCUUGUUCCUGGAAUCCGUAGAAUUUCAGGAAACUGAAAGAAAUAUUUGCUUUUGUGAUCACACAGAAUAGUGGAGAUAAGUGAGCACUUACAUAAUAUGUAAUACUGAGUGUUUUUCAAAUGAUGCAAGGUUUGUUAAUGUUUUUGUCUAUUUUUGUUUGUUGUUCAACGCCGCAGUCAGCAAUAUUCCAGCUUAUGACAGCGGUCUGUAAAUAAUCGAGUCUGGACCACCCGACCCCGUUAGUCGCCUCUCACGACAGCAUAGUCGCCUGUUACGGCAGGCAUGGGUUACUGAAGACCUAUUCUAACCCGGAUCUUCACCGGUUGUUAAUUGGUAAAUGUACAUUGAUUCGUCCGUAACAACAACAGCAAUGUCAACGUGUUGCCUCAUUGCUUUUUGAGCAUAUCCCUUCGAUUUUAGAUGAAUCUAUCGAUUCUAGAUCAUCACAUUGAUUCUACAUCAAUCUUUCGACGUCGUUUGUGUAUCUGUGAUGGGACGUGGUCCUGUGCACGGCGCAACGGUCACAAUAGGGUGAAGUUCCACGUCGGUGGCGGAGAGAAGGGGGGAUGGGUGACCAUGGUGACCUACAUUGAAGCACGUGUAACACGUGGUGUCGCUUAUGGAACGUGACUUUGUUCGCAGUAGGCCUCUGUUCACCCAGCAAUAAAGGGGUACCCGGUAGGACAAGAUGGUAAUGUGGAUGUUAACCUUCGAGCGCCUCAUAGGCAGUUUGGGUUGUAUACUCCCCAGGGAGCUGGGAAUGAAAUUCGAGUGCACGUUGAUCCAGUGACUGGGGAAGUAAUAUUGUGUGGCGUCGCUGAGUAGCUAUCUAAGUUGGAAGUCGGGCGCUUUAUUAAGGCAUGAUAUUAAUAUUAUGAUAUUCCAUUCACAUGUACAUAUAUGCGCAUAAUACACACCUAUACAUGUCUAUGUCUAUUCAGAUCACAUCAACUCAGUUAUUUUACCCGCAACCCUUCUUAUUCAUUAUUCUUUUCGCUUCCCCGCCAAUGUACAUUUACUUUCAUAAUUUCGCUUUGAGUUAACCGAUAUAUUAUGUCUUCUGUUAUAAAGUUCAUUUAUGUGUUGAAUGUGUGCUUCUGAAUAUGCAGGCAAACGUUAUGAUCUGUAAGUAAAUGAAACAUAUUUUGUUUUCAAGUCAUGUCAUUGUACGUCACCUACAGUGCUUGUCCUCAAGCAUGUGCAGUACACAUGUUGCAGGUUAAAAAACUGAUAACUUAUUUGGACUUUCAUUGUAUCACUGCUGUAUGUGUGAUGCUUUGUUGUUAUGCCAUUCCACUUUGAGCACCACCUGAUUACCGGAGAGUCUAUAUCAUUGCUGGUAAGAAUAACGCAAGUUGCUGCUUCUAGUUGCCGUGUCGUCUUAAGGUUAUCGCUGCUUGUGCAAUACUAACUGUGCUUGUGUUUGCUUGAAUAAAACUUGUGUACAAAUAA